AGAGGAGUGGCCCACCACACAGGGCACCCCUCAGGAAUGAAGCAGCCUUUCAGGGCCCGAGGGGGUGCAGCCUCCCUGCCUCUCCUUAAAUAGCCAGCCGGCCUCUACCCCAGCCACACGGAGCCACCACCCACCCACAGGCCGCAGCACACCUGCUGCCCCAGACCCGCUGUGAGAGGCUCAGUGCCUCUGCCUCUGGCUGAAGCAUGAAUGGCCUUGAGGAGGCCUCCCCAGGUAUACUGGCCAACUCCUCCCUGGCCCCUGUGGAGCAAUGCGGCCAAGAGACGCCCCUGGAAAACGUCCUCUUCGCCUCUUUCUACCUCCUGGAUUUCAUCCUCGCUUUUGUGGGCAACGCCCUGGCCCUGUGGCUCUUCAUCCGGGAUCACAAGUCCAGCACCCCUGCGAACGUGUUCCUGAUGCACCUGGCCGUCGCCGACCUGUCCUGCGUGCUGGUCCUCCCCACCCGCCUGGUCUACCACUUCUCAGGGAAUCACUGGCCCUUUGGGGAGAUUCCGUGCCGGCUCACGGGCUUCCUCUUCUACCUCAACAUGUAUGCCAGCAUCUACUUCCUCACCUGCAUCAGCGCUGACCGCUUCCUGGCCAUCGUGCACCCCGUCAAGUCCCUCAAGCUCCGCAGGCCGCUCCACGCCCACCUGGCCUGCGCCUUCCUCUGGGUGGUGGUGGCCGUGGCCAUGGCCCCGCUGCUGGUGAGCCCGCAGACCGUACGGACCAACCACACGGUGGUCUGCCUGCAGCUCUACAGGGAAAAGGCUUCCCAGCACGCCCUGGCGUCCCUGGCCGUGGCCUUCACCUUCCCAUUCGUCACCACGGUCACCUGCUACCUGCUGAUCAUCCGCAGCCUGCGGCAGGGCCCGCGCGUGGAGCGGCGCCUCAAGAACAAGGCGGUGCGCAUGAUCGCGGCGGUGCUGGCCAUCUUCCUGGUCUGCUUCGUGCCCUAUCACGUGCACCGCUCCGUCUACGUGCUGCGCUACCGCGGCCAGCGCACCUCCUGCGCCGCCCAGCGCGCGCUGGCGCUCGGCAACCGCAUCACCUCCUGCCUCACCAGCCUCAACGGCGCGCUCGACCCCGUCAUGUACUUCUUCGUGGCCGAGAAGUUCCGCGAUGCCCUGCGCAGCCUGCUGCGCGGCAAGCGGCUCCCAGGGCUACCCGCCAGUGCCGACGGCAGGACCAACGAGAGCUCGCUGAGCGCCAGGUCGGAGCUGUGAGCCUGGGCCCCGCCCGCUCCCCGACCCCACAGGGGCCGCCCCGCAGACCCGCCGAGGAGGAGGCCACCUCCCCUGAGAAAGGAGACCGAAACCCCAGCCGUUCACCGUCACCCGCUCCCAGGCCCGAACUCGUCACCCAGUGCCGAGUCCCGUCUUGGCUGUCAGCAGCCCCUGGCGAGGCAGCAGCGAAGGGCCCAGACGGCCACUUCUCUGCGGGCACGGGGCUGAUCCUGCUCACUCACAGCCACUAGACACCCAGUGACUUGGACCCCGCACCCCCCGCACCCGCCCCCCGGUGAUGGGCAAGGAAGCCAGAGGAACACUCCUGAACACUGAGCGUCUUUCUCUCCAAAGUGCCCCCUGCGAGGCUCUCGGCCUCCUUCUCGCAACAGAAACACAUGGCGGGGAAGCUCGGCAGAGAGAACACAGGAGACAAAGGGGA